GAUGAUUAUUUUUCACUCUGAAAAGCUCAGGACGUCCAGCAGGCAGUAGGAGCAUAGACUGGAGCUGGAAGGACUCUGUGCAGGAAAUGACAUUGCCAGACCUACAGAGCACUCAGUAAGGUGCUUCACAACUAGCAGCAGGUUUGGUUACAACAGAAUUAGUAAAAAUGGAAUGAAUCCACAGCUGGUUCUUAUUUGGGGGCACACAGCCUCAAGGCCGUGGGAUUUGUCUGCAGACCUGCAUGUGAAGAGAUGGUGUCUCUUACUUCCCAAAUAAAUAGGGCUUGGGUACUUGAAAUGCACUGAUGCCUACACUGUGUUUCUUCCUAUGCAAGAAGGGAUUUGUACAUACAGGUAACAUUCUUUAUAGAAAAAGCAGAUAGGCUUUGAGGCAUAGAGUUUUAUGUCUUGUAUCAUGGCAUGGGCAAGCACAAAGCAUGCAUUGGGGCUUUUCUGGAUUUCUGAGACAGUAUUGCAUUCCCUUCACUCUGUUAUUGCUUUUAAAGCAAUCUCAUAUUGUAGGCUCUGAAUUUCUCAUGACUAGAAGGCAGUAUCCUACUGCUGCCUCUAAUGAGAGGUGAAGAUGCUGAGGUCUGUGCAGGAUCAGCCUAUAGCAAUGACAUUACAAGUGCCCUUGGGCUGCCAGUGUAAUGUUUGUGUAAGAGCACUCGUAUCCUCUAAGAACAACUUAACUGCAAGGGCAGCAGGUGUCGGGCAGCUCAGGUCCUGUGUCUGAUGCUGCACUCCAUAAAAGCAUGAAUUACCAAUGCAGUUCAUGCUCACACAGAUGGGUUACGUUUUCAGCGUGUCUUCAUGUAGUUCCAGUUAAUGCUGUCAGAGAAGCCUGGAAGCAGUUUUUAGCAGGAAACAUUCACUUGGUUGACUUUUUAGAAGUUAGCCUAUAUGGAGAAGUGUUCCUCUUUUGUCCCUUCCUUCCUGAACUUUCUGCUGUUCACAUCUUCCUUCCCAGACAGGACUCAUAUUUGCAAAGGCCAUCAUGUAAUUGAGUCUGAGCGAGGUAAGUGGCUUCUAGUGACAUUUUUAGGAGUUGCCACAAAGUGAAAGCUAUAGAGUGGAGCAGAACACCUGACAUGGAGUUGGCAAUUCUAUGGCAAGUCUCUGACAUGGCUGAAUUAUUGCAAUACAGAAUGCAGAUGUUGCACUAAAAUACCUCCAACCAAAGCUGGUUGCAGCCUCAGUGCUAAUCCAUCACCCCCAGCUUCCACACUGUGCUGUUAGCCAGCAGACAUUUCAAAGAGCUUUAUAGAAUGAGUUUGUUCUGGUUUGACAAGAGUAAGGACUGCAGCACAGAAAAAGACACACCAACUUUCUGAAGCCAGCACAUUGGUGAGGAACCUGGAAGAACAACUUCAGGUUAUGCAGUUGUCACAGAUACGUUCUGUAGUUUGGAACACACUGUUCUUCAUCUCUUUGGUAGGUGAGCUGAAGCCUUGCUUUGUGGAGGUCUCAGUGCACUCAUUUCUGCAGCGUGACAAGCUUGACAGUGACCGUAAAUCAGGCAGCUCCCAGCUCCAGCGUUCUGCGUCCCAUGGAGAUUUGGAUUCUUACCCAUUACAUCACUAUUUGAAAUGAUUGAUAUGUCACUUCUGUGAACUUUUUGAACCAGCACUUUUAGAAGUGUUUUCAUAUUCUCUUUUGUCUGCUUAAUAGAUUAUUUAAGUUCUCAGUGGAAAGAAGAUGGUACAGGUUUACCUUUGCUUUCGUAUUUCCUAACCUAACAGUUAGCAAACAUAUUUUUACUGCUACGUGGACCAGAGUUUAUUGUUAUCUUAAGCCCUUAGAAGAUGAAAGCUCAAACUGCAGUAUUCUGUUUGCAUGUCAGUAGAGCCCAAUAUUUGCCUAGCCUGGCGUAAAUCCAGCUGCAUGUCACCUGCUCCUGUGCUUUGCCUGCACUGUCUAAUCAGUAAUAGCUUUCAGAGCCUUUGUAUUGAAAAUAAGAAUUCGUGGAAAUGAAUUACUUUAAAAUAAUCUUUACAUUUCCAAAUAUGUUUGCAUUUAUUUCCUAGCACUAUGUCAAGGAAAAGAAAGCUGUUGGCUCAAUUAAGCGCCCUCCAAAGCAACUCCAGCAUCCCUCUUUCUGAUGCCUUGAAGAGCCCCACCACAAUUCCUGAUGGCAACUCUUCUCCAACAAGCAGCAAAUAUUUUGUAACAGAGAAAAAACAAUCUUCCCAACUGGAAGCAGAUUUCUUCAACCAGCCCUGUAUCAGCCUGGCCAAAUCCUUCCUGGGACAGAUUCUAGUUCGCAAACUUCCCGACGGCAGGGAGCUCUGGGGGAGGAUUGUUGAAACAGAAGCUUAUCUUGGUGGGGAAGAUGAGGCUUCUCACUCAAAAGGUGGGAAGCAAACUCAACGGAAUGCAGCCAUGUUCAUGAAACCAGGAACUCUGUACGUGUACCAGAUCUAUGGGAUUUAUUUCUGCGUGAACGUUUCCAGCCAAGGGGAAGGGGCUGCAGUCUUACUCCGCUCUCUGGAGCCUCUCCAGGGUUUGGAUGUGAUGAGGGAGCUGCGCAGCACUUCAAGGAAAGGACCUGCAAAGCCACUGAAGGACUGGCAGCUGUGUAAUGGGCCCUCCAAGCUCUGCCAAGCAUUUGGGAUUGAUAAGGCUUUUGACCAAAGGGACCUGACUCAAGACGCGGCCAUCUGGAUGGUGCCUGGACAGGAGCUGCCCAGGGAGCAGGACGUGGUAGCCACAACCAGGAUUGGUAUUGGGAACAGAGGGGAAUGGUCACAGAAACCUCUCAGGUUUUAUGUAAGAGGAAACAAAUUUGUGAGUGUUGUAGACAAGAAAAUGGAGCGAGAGAUGGCAGCAGUGGAACCCAUCUCUUGCAGCUGAUGAAUCUUGCAAGUGUGCCACCAACCAGGACUUGAGCUGUGUGCUCUUUUGGAGAGCCUCAAGCCAUGUUGGGGCAGCAGCAAGGGCAGCUUGGAGGUUUUUAACAAUAAACAUAACUUUAUUGCA